AUCAUCUUCCUUCAUACAACAAACACAAAUAUAAACGAUGAUAUGCGAAGAUGCAUAUCAGUAUCAGCAAUUACAUGGACAAAAGGAUCACAUGAUGACAAUGAUGAUGAUGGACUUGAGCACAUCACCACCAUCAUCACCCAUUUCACCAUCUUCUCCAUCUUCACCAUCAUACAAUAACAACGAGGAAGAUAGACUAGAGGUUGUGAAUUUGAGUGGCAUGGCAUUACAAUCUCUCCCAAAUCCUUCCCUCAAUUUGGCAAAUAUUUGCAAGCUUGAUCUCUCCAACAAUCAUAUCAAGAAAAUACCAGAAUCUCUAACAGCGAGAUUACUCAACUUGAUAGCAUUAGAUAUUCACUCUAACCAGAUCAAAGCUCUUCCAAACUCCAUUGGUUGUCUCUCUAAGCUCAAGAUCCUUAAUGUCUCCGGCAACUUUCUCGUUUCCCUCCCCCAAACUAUACAAAAUUGCAGGUCACUCGAAGAACUAAACGCUAACUUCAACGAGCUGAUUAGAUUACCAGACAACAUAGGCUUAGAACUAACCAAUCUGAGGAAGCUCUGCGUCAACUCAAACAAGCUCAUUAGCCUACCAAAAUCAAUCACCUACCUCACUUCACUGCGUGUCCUCGAUGCUCGUCUCAAUUGCCUUAUGGUCCUCCCUGAGGACCUCGAGAACCUCAUCAACCUUGAGAUCCUCAAUGUCAGUCAGAACUUCCAGUAUCUUUCUGCUCUUCCAUCUUCUAUCGGUCUUCUCCUGAACCUCCUCGAGCUGGAUAUUAGCUACAACAAGAUAACAGUGUUGCCUGAGUCCAUUGGAUGCAUGAGGCGGCUGAGGAAACUGAGCGCAGAGGGAAACCCGCUCGUGUCCCCACCCAUUGAGGUUGUGGAACAGAGCUUGCAGGCGGUGAGAGAGUAUCUUAGCCAAAAGAUGAAUGGUAGAAUGGUGAACACCGCGGCAAAGAAGAAGACAUGGGGUUUCCGCAAACUGGUUAAGUAUGGGACAUUCAAUGGCAGAUCAAGAGCUUGGACCAGAGAAGAGAGAGAAGGGCUCAUCAUGCCCGAGUACCGUCCCAUUGAUAUCCUAACUUCAACCAAGUUUCCUGUGAUGUGCUCACCUCGGCGUCUCUUCUCCCCAAGAACCUAUUUCAGCAGAUAAGAAUAAUGCACACAGCAAACACAAUUUUGAAUCUAUCAACCAUUUACUUAAAUUCAUCACUAAAUGUAUAAAAGAGUAUGUAAAUACACGGCAUUCAGAUUUCAUAACUUCUUAUUGUAAAUCAUGUAUCUAAAAUCAUAAAUAACAAUUUUGACCGGAAUUUUUUUUAUAAAUAGCAUUUCUGUGU